UGGGUUGGAAAUAGGAUCCCUGCUUUCUACUAUCUGUUCCCGUCUUUGUGGUGUCAGUGUUGUAGUAGCUGUAGGACCUGCCUUGAAGUUCAGGGACUUUAAACGGCGGCCAAAGCGCAACUCCUGCACAGACCCGGACAGUCAACCAGUCAGUCAGUCAGUCAGUCGGUCCCGCAGCCCGCCGGUCUGCGCAUCUGUCCACCAGGCUGCACUUCACCUGAGAGCCAGUUCACACUGUUUAAACACACGAUGGAUUCCUGGACAGUCACCUCUGCACUUCUUCUCGCCGGGGUUAUUUCUUCCGCGGCUUUUAAUCACUUCGACACCGAGUGUUACACUGCCAAUGGAGAGGACUACAGGGGCUUCCAGAACCAGACCAGCCUGCAUGGUGGUAAACCCUGCCUCUUCUGGAAUGAGACCUUCCAGCACCCUUACAACACGCUCAAAUACCCCAAUGGAGAGGGUGGUUUGGGCAGACACAACUACUGCAGAAAUCCUGAUGGGGAUGUUCAGCCGUGGUGCUACAUUGCAGAUCAUGAAGACGGGAUCUAUUGGAGAUACUGCGACAUCCCUACAUGCCAGAUGCCUGGGAACUUGGGCUGCUUCAAAGACAGCGGUGAUCCACCCACUCUGUCCGGCACCAGCGAGACCUCCAACAAACUCACCAUCCAGAACUGUAUUAGCUUCUGCAGGAAGCAGAGAUACAAGCUUGCCGGAAUGGAGUCAGGAUAUGCCUGUUUCUGUGGUAACGAAGUGGACUCGCGUGACCAUGACGAGUCGCCUAGCAUGGAGUGUAACCACGUUUGCUUCGGAGACCACACCCAGCCCUGCGGAGGAGACGGCUGGGUCAUCAUCUUUGAUACCCGUGUGGGGGCCUGCGGUGGAAACUAUUCCUCUCCAUCUGGAGUGAUCUACUCCCCCGACUUCCCCGACAAGUACAAGGCGGACCGUGUUUGCUACUGGACUAUCCAGGUCCCUGGAUCCUCCGCCAUCCUCUUCAACUUCACUUUCUUUGACAUCUCUGACCAGACAGACAUGGUUGAGCUACUGGACGGUUACACCAACCAGGUGUUGGAACGCUUCGACUGGCGCAGCCCGCCACGGGAGCUGGUGAACGUCACAGGCGACUUUGUCAUACUGUACUUCUACUCAGACCGCACCAACCAGGCCCAGGGAUUCGCUCUGCUUUACCAAGCACUGAGAAGCCAAGACACCAGAACAAUGGAGGCUGAAGGAGAUGACGAGGAUGAAGGAGAGGAUGUCUCCAGCACAGCAGGACCCCAGCUAGCAGGUGGAAUCACCGAGCGAUCCAACAGCACCUCUAACGGACGCUCCUCCCAGAUCCUCUACGUAAUCACGUCCAGCCCCGGUAAACCGGAGCACAACAUGCCAGGUCAGUGGGCUGGACGCGGCGAGACCACCGGCCACAGUGCUAUGUGGACCAUUUACGCUCUGGCUGCUCUCCUCAUACUGACAGUCAUAGCCAUGGUGGCAAAGCUGCUGCUGCACAUCACAGUCAAGUCCCCGAACAUCCCAACAGUCAGCGGUUCAGACAGCUGUAGCCAGAGCACGGCGUCCACUGAGCCUUGGAUCAUCCUGUACCGACCCUCCACCAUCUCCCUCUUCAAGAAGAAGCUAAAGAACCACCAUGGCGACCUCAGCCCCCUCGUGGGCAACUAACACCACUGCUGCGCCUCACCGUUAACCAAACGCUACCGCCAUCCACAAAUACUCUGUACAAGGGCCGUCAGAUGCCAGGCCCUCAGACAAUGAAACUCUAUGAGGCGCUACACUAAACAAGCCAACAACUGAGAGGCUAAACUGACUUAGUGACUGCUACUAAAUGGCCCGUGGGCUGAAGUGGCUGGGCCCUCCCAUCCUGCUCAGCACCAAGGAGGAGGGGGACAGGCUGGGCUGUCAGUGACCUCAGUGUGGGAGAGGAGAGCAAAGGAUUAGAUGGAGGAAGAUCUGCAGCUCUGAUAAAAGAUUCAAGGACACUUUUUAACAUGCAGGAAGCUUCUCUGGUUCAGAGAGUCUCCUUUUCCAUCACCCACGGAUGUCCAUCACAAUCAACAUACCUCCAAAAAACCCUUCCAGACUGCAGACUCGCCAGUGAAAACCCAACAUAGCCGGGUGCAGAAUAACAGCUAACUUCACUGCCUGUGUUCAGUUUAGGAAACAGGGAGGUUUACCUCUUCCUGGAGCUUCAGAGUGGCAACUGAAUCUUCAUCAAUAUCAAAGAGAGGAUGAAGAAAUGGAGUCUUUGAUACACAUUUGCUGUAACACCUAACACAGCUUAACAGUUUUGUAUAACUCUUCUAUCUGCCUCAUAUGGUCGACGAACACUUGCAGCCAAAAAACAGAAUCCUCCCAUCCAAAGAGUUGUAUUUAUUUGUCUUUUUGAUUCCAUAUGCAAAGUUUCUUUUUGAUGUGUUUUGCGUGACAACUAGCUUUCUCGGGAGAGGGGAACAGGACAUGGAGACAAAAGGUAGAUAUCAUAGCACUUUGGGGAUGAAUCACUCACCGUAAAAUGAAAAGAUCAGAGAGAAAGAGAGCGCGCUCGCCCACUCGUUCAGUCAGUGCUCAUGUGGAUUUGGGUGGAGAGAAGAAGCAGCGUCGUUCACUGGGGGGGGUUGGGUGGUGCAGUUUGCAGACAAACUGCCAUUUAGGGAGGCUUGGGAAGAUCUGAGGGCUUUUUCUGCUCGGUUGUGGGUGGGAGUCUUUCCGGUUUGAUGGUGUUCAAGUGCCUUAAGGAUCUCCUCUUCCCUUGUCUCAGAUUCCUCACAUCUAUUUCUUUCAGUGGAGUGGACUGGGUCCCUCAAAAGAGUCUGCACUUCUUUAAAAUAAGAGUGUCAGUCCAAAAGAAAAUUUAAAUGUAAAGUAAAAAAUGAUGCCACAUCUUGUACAGUGAUUGAAAUCAUUAAAUAUUAGUCUUUUUAAACAUAGUACAUUCAACUGAACACCUCUCCAGACUGGAUAUUUUACAUUUUUGUUACAUGAUGGACGUCCAUCCAAAAUGAACACAUAGCCUUUUGAAAUAGGAUUCUUCACGUAGUAACAGACAAGGCUUCAAAAGAAAUCUUUGUUUUUAAUUUCUGUGUGUGAUCUUAUACGUAGUCUUGGACAUUUACUGAACAUAUUGUUCACAUUAAGUUGUCUUUUGAUUACGGGGGGAUGAAUAUUGUUGUAUAUUAUGUAAUUCAAUGUGGGAAUGAUCAUAUUUAUGUCCACUCCUUCAUUUUGUGACUCGGCAUUUAAGAGACCCGUCAAAAUGCUUUUUGUACUUACUUGUCAAUUUAUCUCAUCGGUGGAAUGCAUUUUUUCUCUCUUUAGACAGCAGUAAAUUGCCUAAAUUCCACAAGACUUUGCAGACCUGGAAGCUUUUACUUGUCACCUUGAUUUCAGGCCAAACGGUUGAGGGCCAACAAUAUACCCAGACAGAAAUAUAACCAAAAGCACUCAAUGGUACUAUGCACAAGCUGUCAGCAGGUUUGCAGCUGUGACGAUUUUCUGUGCAUUGCUGUGACAUUUAAACUACUUGUGAAAGGUCAAAAUCUACUAGUUCACCAUUGGCAUAGUAAUGGCCUUUCCUGUCGUGGGACUGGAUGUUAGUCUGCAGAUGGUCACCCCCUGAAAAUCUUCUAAUUGCUGACAGGAUAAAUAAAGAAGACUCAAUGCACUUAAAUUUGCUUCUACUUACAAGAUGAAACAGUACUUAUUCACUUUUGCGUUCAAUUUCAAUGAAAAUAAAAAUAAAAUAAAAUGUACUUUGUACAGCAACCUGAGCACUAAGCAUGAUGCGGCCUCACAGUGACAUUCAAGUCAAAAGUUUUUCAGGAAUCAGACAGAAUCUUAGGCCCAUAAAACAAUCAGGGAACCUUUCUUUCCAAAUCAGACGCAUUAGUAAAAAUGUGACUUCAUAUUCUUUGCCUGUCUGCUCAACUGUAACUCAUCUUAAUUAUUGCAAGACAAGAGCACAUGCCCCUGGGUCUGUGAUGUUCAGAGCAGACCAUGCAUAGAUAGAGGGAGAAAAGAGAGCCUAGAUGUGAGAGCAAUGGGAAAUUAAAGUGCGUUCAAAUCACACACAAGCUAACGAAAUCUGACAGUUAAAAUCUAACAAGGGCAUAUUUGUUUGGAUAGCCUGGUGAAUUAUGCAAACUCCCAUUUUUUGUCCCGUUCUCCAGUCAGUUGGAAAAUUCCACGCUAUCUUCUUAGCAGUAGAAACAGUCUUUUCCCAAACUGUAGUUGAUGUGAAUGUCCUGUAGUGCUCGAUUACGUGAAAACGACACCAGAAGCCCUGUGGGGACCAAAACAAUGUUUUCAUGAAAUUGUAAAUAGCAAAAUAGUGAAAUGUUUAAUUUAUACAGUAAAUUAUUGUUAUUUUGUAUGUGAAUGGGAUAUAAUCUAUCUUUUGUAUAAGUGAAGUACCUUUGUAGUUUUAUUUAAUGUGUCCUGGUUGCAAAAUAAACACUGUAUGCAUGUUUCUUAA